GACCGGAAGUGACCGUCCUCUCGACUCUCCUCCCGCUUCCUUCCAGUCUUCCACCUUCUCUUGGAAGAAUGAGGCGGCUUGAGGGCUGUGGCCGAGCUGCGGUUGCUGGGUGACAAGUCGGACUUGAGACAGGCAUAAUGGCAGAAACUGCUUCUCCACUGAAGCACUUUGUGCUGGCUAAAAAGGCAAUUACUGCAAUCUUUGAACAGUUACUGGAGUUUGUUACUGAAGGAUCACAUUUUGUUGAAGCAACGUACAAGAAUCCAGAACUUGAUCAAGUAGCUGUUGAGGAUGACUUGAUAGAAAUACAGAGGUAUAAAAAUAAGCUUUCCGUUAUUGGCGAGGUGCUGUCUCGGAGACACAUGAAAGUGGCAUUUUUUGGCAGGACAAGCAGUGGGAAGAGCUCUGUUAUCAAUGCCAUGUUGUGGGAUAAAGUCCUCCCUAGUGGGAUUGGCCAUACAACCAAUUGCUUCCUGAGCGUUGAAGGAACGGAUGGAGAUAAAGCCUAUCUCAUGACAGAAGGGUCAGAUGAAAAAAAGAGUGUGAAGACAGUUAAUCAGCUGGCCCAUGCCCUUCACAUGGACAAAGACUUGAAAGCUGGCUGUCUUGUACAUGUGUUUUGGCCAAAGGCAAAAUGUGCCCUCUUGAGAGAUGACCUGGUUUUAGUGGACAGUCCAGGUACAGAUGUCACUACAGAGCUGGAUAGCUGGAUUGAUAAAUUUUGUUUAGAUGCUGAUGUCUUCGUUUUGGUCGCAAACUCUGAAUCAACACUGAUGAACACGGAAAAACAGUUUUUUCACAAGGUAAAUGAGCGACUUUCCAAGCCUAAUAUUUUCAUUCUGAAUAAUCGUUGGGAUGCCUCUGCAUCAGAGCCAGAAUAUAUGGAAGAUGUACGCAGACAACACAUGGAGAGAUGCCUACAUUUCUUAGUGGAGGAGCUCAAAGUUGUGGAUCCUUUAGAAGCACGGAAUCGUAUCUUUUUUGUUUCUGCAAAGGAAGUUCUUAAUGCUAGAAAGCACAAAGCACAGGGGAUGCCAGAAGGUGGUGGGGCACUUGCAGAAGGAUUUCAGGCAAGAUUACAGGAAUUUCAGAAUUUUGAACAAAUCUUUGAGGAGUGUAUCUCGCAGUCAGCAGUGAAAACAAAGUUUGAACAGCACACUAUCAGAGCUAAACAAAUACUAGAAACUGUGAAAAACAUAAUGGAUUCAAUAAACGUGGCAGCAGCAGAGAAAAGGGUUUAUUCAAUAGAAGAGAGGGAAGACCAAAUUGAUAGACUGGACUUUAUCCGAAACCAGAUGAACCUUUUAACUCUGGAUGUUAAGAAAAAAAUCAAGGAAGUUACAGAGGAGGUGGCAAAUAAGGUUUCAUGUGCAAUGACAGAUGAAAUUUGUCGACUCUCUGUUUUGGUUGAUGAAUUUUGUUCUGAGUUUCAUCCUACUCCCAGUGUAUUGAAAGUGUAUAAAAAUGAGUUAAAUAAGCACAUAGAAGAUGGAAUGGGAAGAAAUUUGGCUGAUCGGUGUACCAAUGAAGUCAAUGCUUCAAUGUUUCAGUCCCAGCAAGAAAUUAUUGAAAAUUUGAAGCCAUUACUUCCAGCUGGUAUACAGAAUAAACUACAUACACUGAUUCCUUGCAAGAAAUUUGAUCUUAGCUAUGACCUAAAUUGCCACAAGUUAUGUUCAGAUUUCCAAGAGGAUAUUGUAUUUCGGUUUUCCCUGGGCUGGUCAUCCCUUGUCCAUCGUUUUUUGGGCCCUACAAAUGCUCAGCGGGUGCUUCUAGGGUUAUCAGAGCCCAUCUUUCAGCUCCCCAGAUCUUUAGCUUCUACUCCCACAGCUCCUAACAAUCCAGCAACACCAGAUAAUGCAUCACAGGAAGAAAUCAUGGUUACCUUAAUAACAGGAUUAGCUUCUCUUACCUCUAGAACUUCGAUGGGCAUCAUUGUUGUUGGAGGAGUGAUUUGGAAAACUGUAGGCUGGAAACUCAUAUCCAUUUCAUUAAGUAUGUAUGGAGCUUUGUAUCUUUAUGAGAGGCUGACUUGGACCACCCGUGCCAAGGAGAGAGCCUUUAAACAGCAGUUUGUGAACUAUGCAACUGAAAAACUGCAGAUGAUCGUUAGCUUCACAAGCGCCAACUGUAGCCAUCAAGUACAACAGGAAAUGGCAACCACUUUUGCUCGCCUGUGCCAACAAGUUGAUAUUACACAAAGACAUCUAGAAGAAGAAAUUGCUAGAUUAUCCAAAGAAAUAGAUCAACUGGAGAAAAUACAAAGCAAUUCAAAGCUCUUAAGAAAGAAAGCUGUUCAACUUGAAAACGAGCUGGAGAAUUUUACUAAGCAGUUUCUACAUUCAAGCAAUGAAGAAUCUUAAUGGAGAUUGCUUCGGUGAUCAUCAUAGGAGAAAAUGGAACUUAGAAGACUGGGACAGUUAUUUUUAUGAAGUGACUUUAAAUAUGAAUUAUACUAACUACACCUAAACAGCAAAUCCUUGAGUAGAUUCCGGUACUAAUCUAUCUCAAGGUGUUUGCAUUUCUGAAGAGUGUUAUGUCUCUUUGGUUUUAAUUUUAGGUAAAGAAAAAGCCUUUGAUGUGUGAAAGUGAUGAACUAGUUAAAAAGCAAAAGAACCAACUCUGUGACCCCUGAGGGGUGGGGCCUUGCUCUUAAUUAGGGCUCUCUUUGUUUUUGAUUCUGAAAAAACUCUGCUUCCUGGCAUCCAGGAGUUAGAGAAUGCUCCUUUCUUCUUCUUUCUCAGAACUAAUUUGUGAUGCAUACUUUAAUGGGAAUAGUCACAUUUUUUUGUUUUAUAAAAAAACUGCACUGCUUUAACCACAAAGGUGUGUGGAAUGUUCUUGAGUAUAUUGUUUAUGCAGGUUACAAUCACUUGCCCUCCUGGCAGGUAUAUAAACCACAAAUGAUGCUGUUUUUAGUCCCUCUUUUAUUCCCAUUAAAACUGAUCUAAAAUGGUUUUGUUAUUAUAAUUUGUUCAUCCAUUUCUAAAGAAAUGUUUAGCCUCAACUCUGAUUCCAGUUAAGGAAAGCUUUCCAUGUCAGUUUUAGAAGUGAUUUUUUUUUAAAGUUUAAUGGCCAAAGAUAAGGGAGGUCUGAGUUUUGAGUGGUUAUGGUCAUGUAUAAACACUGUUCUUCAGAAGGUAUUUGCAGAGGAUACUGCUGGAUUACCCCUGGGGUUGCUUUUAUGUUUAUUUCAUUGUAUGAAUUUGCCAAGGCAUGGUUUAAAAUGAUUACUGUAUUUUUUAUCUUAAUGAAAUGUGUAUGGGUUCAA